GAUAGACUCUCUCUCCGCUGGUCGAACAGUCCCGUCAUACCGCGCGUGGCCAACGGCUCUCCCAACUGAAAGCUCGUUCAAUGAAUCGUCGUCCUCGAUUUAAACCGGUUGAUUUCGCGAAAUACUUUGAAGAAAGCCCGGCCAGGCAAGAACGUCGCAACGCUCUUAUGCCACGGACGUCGCCGUUCUUCUGUUUGUUUGACUAGGACGGAGGAGCGUGCGUUCCUGGGCUCGCUUCCUAGGUUUUGGUCGGGGAGGCAGUGGGUCGACGGCGCUGGUCCCGAGAGAUGAUGGAGCUCGAGUCGGCCAGUAACAGGGGCGAACUGGGAGCCGUGGGGGACCCGCUGCAGCCGCAGACGCCGAGCAGACAUGAAAAAAGCCUGGGACUCCUCACCGCGAAGUUUGUAACUUUGCUGCAGGAGGCCAAGGACGGAGUCCUCGAUUUGAAAGCUGCAGCAGACACAUUGGCAGUGCGGCAGAAGCGGCGGAUAUACGACAUCACUAAUGUGUUGGAGGGGAUUGGACUCAUUGAGAAAAAGUCCAAGAACAGCAUUCAAUGGAAGGGUGUAGGUCCAGGUUGUAAUACGAGGGAGAUCGCAGACAAGCUGAUUGACCUGAAGGCAGAACUUGAUGAUCUCGCCGUCAGGGAACGUGAGCUGGACCAGCAGAGAGUCUGGGUACAGCAGAGCAUCAAGAAUGUCACAGAUGACUCCAACAACAGUCCUAUGGCCUAUGUAAAACACGAGGACCUCUGCGGAGCUUUCAAAGGCGACACCCUCCUAGCGAUACGUGCCCCCUUUGGUACUCAGCUCGAGGUGCCCAGACCAGAAUCUGUUAUGAAUGGACAAAGGAAAUACCAGAUCCGUUUGAAAAGUUCUUCUGGCCCCAUUGAAGUUUUACUGGUCAAUAAGGACCCAUCCAGCGCGGCUCCAGUUGUUUUGCCUGUGCCUCCUCCAGAUGACGUACUUCAGAGCCUCCCAGCACCGUCGCCCUCCUCCCAGGCCACUAAAGCGGCUCCAGAGCCUUUCAAAACUGCUUCUUCCACAACAUCAGCCACCAGCCAGCCAACCUCAGUUACAGAAGUGAGCAGCACCACGCCACUCAGUCCAACCACAGAGACUCCCGCUGCCAUUACUCAGCAACUUCAAUCCUCCGCCUCCUUGGAUGGAUCUGUGUCGUCUUCUGCGUCGGCAGUUUUUGAACCAAUGAAGUCUGACCCGUCUGAACUGCUGGACUUUCCUAAAGAGCUUUCGGACAUGUUUGAUCCAACAAAAGAGAUCAUGAGUGGAGAUUUGUUGGAGGACCUGAUGUCGUCAGAAGUGUUUUCGCCUCUCCUGCGUCUGUCGCCCCCACCUAGUGACCAUGACUACAUAUACAACCUGGAUGAGACAGAAGGCCUGUGUGACCUCUUCGAUGUCCCCAUUUUAAACCUCUGACCCAAAGAUGACCAUCACAGUGGGUGAACCCCUCUCAGCUUAGGCACCCCUAACCCCAUUCACUGACUGCGAAGGUGAGCGUGAAACAGUACGUACCGCGGUGGUCAGUGUUGAAAGACUUGCUUUGAACGGGGAUCUCAACCUGAGCUCAGUAGCGCCGCCUUCAGCCACUUGAGGGGGGGGAAAAAAAACAGCAAGAUCAAAACCAUUUAUUAUCAGCUUUUCCAUGAAUUAAAACAAAACUGAAAAAGUCUAUUUUUGGAUUGUUGCUUUUAUGUAAUCGACCUGUGAGCUUGCAAAUAAAUGUGUCUCGGCUUCACACCCGUAUGCAUAUUAUGUAAGUUUUAUAUGAGGAAAGAAAAAAAAAAAAAGAAACCAUUUUCCAAUCAGGUUCAGAGUCAUGGCAACCUAACGGAGCGCAACCUUUAUCACCCACCAGCGGCCCACACAUGGCUUGAAUCUGUCCAAAUGCAGCUGGUUAUAUAUGCACUAUCUUUGUGUACAUAAAGAAUAUAUAUUUUGCCUUAGCAGUACACUAGUCUGUCUAAAAAGCUACAUUUGUAAUACAGGCAGAGAAAUAGUUGCUAAAUUAAGGUAUCAGACUCAACGUAAAAAUUUAAAGAUUUUUUUUUUUUUAUCAUUAUACAAAUAUGUAAAAACUUGUUUUAAAUUUUAUUUUAUAUAUAUAUAUAUAUAAAUAACCACACUGGGAAAUUGUCUCAAUGAAUCCUGUCUGUUUCCCAGAUCUCUCUAAGGAGGUCAUGUGCAAAGGACCAAAAAUUAAUAUGGGGAUUAGUGGAAUGUUAAUGUUUGAUAACCUUUAUUCUUUUAACAUUUUUUUUUUUCCUUCUUUGAUAGUUGAAAAGUGCAGUGUGUUUUUAGAGAUUUGGGAUGUUUUGUGUGUGUGUGUGUGUCCUUUUAAACUUCCCACCUCAAGUUAAGCAUUUCAACUUGACAUGCUUUAUUUUCAUUGUCCUUGCAAGUUUUAUUGCUAUUUAUAUGUAAAAUAAGAUAUUUGGCGAAUACCAACCGACUUCACUCUUCAAAACAAGUUGCGAUUUGCUUUGAAACUGUCUCUGGUAAUGUUCAUGUAUUUUGUUCAGUUGGAUGUAAAAAGCAUGUUUUGUUUUUUUUAAAGGCAGUGAUAUAUAUAUCUAUUUUUUGCCCAUGGUUUAUGGUCAGCAUACCGUAGAUAUAGGUUAGUCUUUUUUUGUCUUUCUGAAAUGUUGCCCUUGCUUUUUUUUUUAUCCACCUUUUGUGUGUCACGUGAUAGUAGUUACUGUUGAACGCAAAUGUCAUUCUACAUGUUGCUGUGUUUUGUAAACUUCUUUAUUUUUAUUUCCCCAGACACUGUACAUAUGCUAAAUAGAUAACUUUUUUUUUUUUUUUUUUUUGUCUGCUAGGUAUAUUAAAGGAUUGUUUUGUUUAGAUCUCCUUUUGUAUUGCUGUGCCACUUCAUGUUAAAAUAACUUUGUAAAAUGUUCUCUAUUACGACAUACAUAUUUCUGGAAAUUUGUUCUAGGUUUUAUAUUAUUUCACAGGAUAAGAGCAUAUCGAACUAAGCGUCUUAUUUAUUGUACUUAAUCCACAUAAGAAAGUGAAGUGAUUUAUAGGUGUGUUGCCUGGCAUGAAUCUUACUGACGUUUAAUAAUUUUCCCAGGAACACCUCAGGGAGCUGCUGGGUCACGUCCACUCAUGCAUUUUUUCCCCCCUCCAUUCAGUAUCAUAGAAACAACAUUCCUACUAUCAUGGAAUUUAAAACAUUUCACACCGAGCUGAAACGUGACCAGACAUCCCUCCUCGUUUCUUUCAUUGAGCAAAUAGAGCAGACCGCUGCAAAUGUCCCUCGCUGCGAGGGCAAACGGUUCCUGCGGGAGAGAAGCCCUCCACUAACGUUUUCUAAUCAGUUAGCGUGCUGGAGUCCAGAGGUGCCAAAAUGCCACAGCAAAAAGACAUCGUGAAAAUAGCCAUCCAGAUGCCGGGGGCCUACCCCCAGCUCAUACAACUGGACCAG